CGGAGGGGCGGGUCGGGGGCGGGUCGCGGCCGCCAUUGCCGCGUGCCCCCCGCCGCGCCCCGCCGCCACCCGUGGCGGCCGCCGGCGAUGCUGGGGUUGCGCCGCGCUGCCGCCGCGCUUCUGCCGCUGCGUGCUGGGUUCCCGGCGGCCGCCAUGUCUACCCUGCUGGUCAGCCAGCCGCGCUACGCCUGGCUGCGGGAGCUGGGCCUGCAGGAGGAGAACCCGGGCGUCUACAACGGGCGCUGGGGCGGCCGCGGACAGGUGGUGACGACCUACUGCCCCGCCAACAACGAGCCCAUAGCCAGCGUCCGGCAGGCUAGUUUGGAGGAUUAUGAAGAAACAGUAAAGAAGGCUAAAGAGGCAUGGAAGGUCUGGGCUGAUAUCCCUGCACCUAAGCGUGGAGAAAUAGUGCGACAGAUUGGCGAUGCCCUGAGACAAAAAAUCAAAGUUCUAGGAAGCUUGGUCUCUCUGGAAAUGGGAAAGAUUUUUGUGGAGGGUGUUGGGGAAGUGCAGGAGUAUGUUGAUGUCUGUGACUAUGCUGUUGGUUUGUCCCGAAUGAUUGGUGGACCUAUUUUGCCUUCAGAAAGACCUGGCCAUGCCCUUAUAGAGCAGUGGAAUCCUGUUGGGUUAGUAGGAAUCAUCACGGCCUUUAACUUCCCUGUAGCGGUUUACGGGUGGAACAGCGCAAUUGCAAUGAUCUGUGGAAACGCUUGCCUCUGGAAGGGUGCUCCUACAACAUCCCUCAUUAGUGUUGCUGUUACAAAGAUAAUUGCCAAAGUCUUGGAGGAUAACAAAGUGCCUGGAGCAAUCUGUUCUCUGGUUUGUGGUGGAGCAGACAUUGGGACAGCAAUGGCAAGAGAUGAGAGAAUGGACCUGUUGUCCUUCACUGGCAGCACAAAAGUGGGCAAGCAGGUAGCGCUUAUGGUUCAGGAGAGAUUUGGUCGAAGUCUGCUGGAACUGGGAGGAAACAAUGCCAUUAUUGUAUUUGAAGAUGCAGAUCUGAACCUAGUCAUCCCAUCUGCUCUAUUUGCUGCUGUGGGAACAGCGGGUCAGAGGUGCACGACUGCCAGGAGACUGUUCCUCCAUGAAAGCAUCCACGAUGAGGUGGUGACAAAGCUUGCUAAGGCCUAUGCCCAGGUCCGCAUUGGUGAUCCGUGGGAUUCUGACACUCUGUACGGGCCCCUUCAUACCAAAGAAGCAGUGAAAAUGUUCCUUGAUGCAGUAGAACAAGCAAAACAACAGGGUGGCUCUGUGGUCUAUGGUGGAAAGGUUAUAAAUCGCCCUGGAAACUAUGUUGAACCAACCAUUGUGACUGGCCUUCCUCAUAAUGCACCCAUUGUCCACACUGAGACAUUUGCCCCCAUACUGUAUGUGCUGAAAUUUAAGGAGGAAGAGGAGGUUUUUGCAUGGAAUAAUGAAGUAAAACAAGGUCUUUCCAGCAGUAUCUUUACCAAGGAUUUGGGAAGGAUUUUCCGCUGGCUUGGGCCAAAGGGAUCUGACUGUGGCAUUGUGAAUGUCAACAUCCCAACCAGUGGGGCUGAGAUUGGAGGUGCUUUUGGUGGUGAAAAGCACACUGGUGGGGGAAGAGAAUCUGGAAGUGAUUCAUGGAAACUUUAUAUGAGACGGUCUACUUGCACAAUCAAUUACAGCAAGGAUUUACCUUUGGCUCAAGGAAUCAAGUUUCAGUAACAGCCUUAUGAACGGCCGUGCCAUGAACUCUCCUAGCAUUUCAGAAUGAAGCACCUUCUAAGCCUCAUGGGGAAGAAAAUUAAUUAGCUGAAAUUUAUCUGCAGCAAGGAUACUAAUUCUGUCAAAAAAUCAGCUACUCUAACAUUGCUUCACUUUCAAUGUAUGAAAUUACUGCUUCAGUCUUCAAAUGAGAAGUAUGUGGUCUUUGACAAGAAGGGAGGAUGUCGGAAACUAACAAACUCGGAUUCAGGCAGCCUGGACAAUCUUCUGUUGCCUUAUCACUAUAUUUCAGUAUCAACACUGUCCGUAUCUCCUGCCUCCUCACCAUUUGCUGAUAUUACCAGCUAAUGGUCUAUGCUUCAAACUACACGCUGAAUUUCCUACAGAUACCUGGUGCUGGGGAGGGGGGACAGUACAGGGCUAUUUUUCAAUGCAUAAAUAAAGGUACAUUUUGUGAGAUA